AUGACACAAGCUUCCUCUACCGAGCCCCAGGUUCAUGGGAAGCAAGAUGAAUCAGUUCACAUCGAGAACGUUCAAAUGGGAGACACCUCCUCGCCAAGCAAGCAGAACUGGCAGGAACCUAUCAAUCUCAGUAUAUGGGAAGAACUCUCAUUAAAUCCUAAGAUCAUAGCGAUAUGUGUCUUUGCCAACGUUGGUGCUAUGAUGUAUGGAUUUGACACGAUGUCCUUGUCACUUUGUUUAUCCAUGCCAGCAUUCCAGGACAAUUUCGGACAAAUCACAUCAUCUGGCAAAGUUAUUCCCGCAUAUUGGCAGUCUUUGUGGAAUGCCUUGGGGCAGGUCGCUUGCAUGAUCGGGGCUUGGGGCAUUGGUCAGAUCUCAGAUGCCUUCGGUCGCCGCCUAUGUUUCUUCCUGGCUGGUCUAGUCUCGGUGGCCGGAAUCGCCGUCCUAUACAUUUCUUCCACUAGCCCGGUAUUUCUCAUCGGUAAGAUUGUUACAGGCCUGGCUCUUGGUAUGGCGUUGGCUACUGGUGGAAGUUACGUGUCUGAAGUCGCACCGCUCCGCCUUCGAGGUAUAAUGCUCUCAGCAUACACCUUCAGCAUGAACCUCGGUCUGCUUAUGGCCGCUUCCAUCGCCUACAGUAGGCUUAAUAUCACCGAUUCAUCCUCGUAUCAAGUACUCUUUUCUAUCGGUUGGAUAUGGCCUGCAAUUUUGAUUGUUUUCGCUUGGCUUAUACCCGAAUCGCCGAAUUACCUUGUUCGAAAAGGCGAGAACGAAAAGGCCCAGAGAGCACUGGAGAGGAUAUUCAACGAGACGAGGGCUGUUCCUCUCUUAAAUGAAAUGGUAAAUGUACACAACCAUGAGAAGCUGAUUGCAGGAGAAUCGAGUAACAGUGGAUUCGUCGAUUGCUUCAAAGGGGGCAACUGGCGACGCACAAGAAUUAUUCUCUAUUGCAAUGGGCUGUCGCAGAUGACCGGCGCAACCUUUUUGUCCAAUGGCCCAUAUUUUCUCAUCAUGGCUGGAAUGAGCUCGUCUAACGUCGGUAUGAUGGUCGAGAUUGGACUAGCAUUUGCGAUCAUGAGUUCGAUCUUAACUUGGUUUUUUCUUGGAAAGGCUGGCCGUCGUACCAUUAUACUUUUUGGUAUCGCACUUUCAGCUUUGUUUUUUCUUCUUAUGGGCAUUUCAAGUUGCUUUCCUUCUAGCCCUAAAGCACUUUGGGCUAUCGGAAUCGCUCUCGAACUUACCUGGUGGACAAUGGGACCAACAACUGGUCCCGCCAUGGCCAUUGCGGGAGAGGUGUCUCAGAUCAGACUUCGUGCCCAAUCGCAAUCCAUUGGGUUUGCGUUCAAUUACUUCUUUUCCACUGUCUGGAACGUCGUCGUUCCAUAUAUGUUCAAUGCGGAAGAGGGAAAUCUUGGAGGGAAAAUGGGGUGGAUCUUUCUUGCUACCAGCGUGCUUAGUUUUAUCAUUGUCUAUUAUGAGUUCCCGGAAACGAAGGAUAGAACCUACGAAGAGCUGGAUGAGAUGUUUGAGAUGAAUGUGCCAGCCUGGCGCUUCACUGGCUACCAGCGCGAACCCUGA